UCUAGUGGCAAACAGGUACAGGUGUACGAUUAACCAACGCUGUGCGUACGAUCUUUAUUGAAAGUCAGUUUAUUCCACGAAAAAGAAUGGCUCGAAUCAUCGCAGUAAAGGAAUACCUUGAGAAAAUGUUGAAGGAUGAGAGCAAACCGUGGACAAAGAUGUUCGCCCUUGCGGAAGAGAAGACCGGCAUCGAUCGGCUAUACAUUUUUGUCGGAUCAUUAAUAUUGCUGGCUAUAUAUCUGGUAUUUGGAUUAGGACAACAGCUAGUAUGUAAUAUAGUCGGUUUUGUUUACCCUGCAUACCAAUCUAUGAAAGCAUUGGAAAGUCCUAAGAAAGAGGAUGACACAAAAUGGCUCACUUAUUGGGUGGUUUUUGCUGUAUUUACUAUAGUAGAAUUCUUUUCCGAGUAUAUUGUCUCCUGGUUUCCAGUUUAUUGGCUGUUUAAGUGUGUAUUCUAUGUAUGGUUGAUGGCGCCAAUUGCCGAGUAUAAUGGUUCCUUGAUUCUAUAUCGUCGUAUCAUCCGUCCAAAGUUCAUUCAGUAUCAACCUGGAUUAGACAGAUUUUUGUCUAAUGCACGUGAGACAGCAGUUAAGACUGCGGCGGAAGCAUUGCUGACCAACAAGCAAGAAUAAUGAAGCUAUAAAUCAAACAAAUAGAAAGUCCAUUUGUGUCUUUCCCUUUUUACUCAUUCCUAGCGGAGAGAGCGUGAAUUUUGUGCUUUACCGAAUAUUACCGAGCGUUGUUACAUUAACGACUACAAAGAUGAAGAAAAUGCCAAACGAAUAGAAAUUUUGAUUAUCCUAGAUGUUAUAAGCAACUUUCAAAUGGAUCAGGGAAAACCAAAGUUAUCCAAAAUUGUGAAUAGAUAGUAAAUACGAAGGAUGCACGAAUGAAAAAAGCCUCCCUCUGAAAAUAAAUCAUUUACAGUACAAUAGCCUGCUUUCAGAAUUGCAAAAUGAUUUUAAAAAAAUUUCAGUAUGGAAAUAAGCGUUUUAUUUUCAGAUAAGCUCGGCUAUCGUUUAUAGAGAUUCUGAGCUAGCUGAAAACAAAACUUGGAGUGUUUUUGUAUAAAUAGGAUAGACUGAUCGUGUGUUUUUGCCAUUUCCGUAAUCUUUGAUGAUAUACUUGUGUUAAAAUAUUAUAAUUUUAGAGGAAAGUUUCACCAACAUUAAAGUCAUUCAUUAAUUAAUGAAUGAACGGCAUUCCGAACAGCAAUUGGAGAAAUUUUCUUGGUAAUAGAUGGCACACUCUUGGUGAUUUGCCAGAACCGCCAAAGAGGAGCUACCUGCGCGCGAAAAUUUCUUGGAUCUGCCGAGAAUCGAACUUUAGUUCCAGAUAAUAUAGCAUGAUAGAUUCGCACGCUGUCCAUUAUGCUAUGCUGGUACUCAACAAUCAUGUAAUUUAAUUAAUAAUCUUUUUCUAAAAUAACUAUUUCUUGGAGUAACGUUGAUUAUAUUGUUAAUAUUUCGAUUUUUUAUCUUAAAAUAUUUAUAAUAUUAAAAUUGAAAUAGAUAAGAAUCAAUGUUGGUGAAACGGCUUUUACUAGGUAUGUUUUAAUAGGUAAGUUGUUUAUUAGGCAUUGUUGAUAAGAAACUGGUAAGAUUGAUUUAAAUAUAUAAAAAUAGCAAAGAUUCAAGAUAAUCGGAAACAAUAUAUGAUAUAUUCAAAUACGUAAAGAUAUACGUCGAUAAAUCUAAUUUAAUUAAAAAUUGAAAUUUUUGAUGACAGUAUUGUCAUUCAAUUGUUAUAUCGUGAUGUAAGGCAAGACGUUUGAAACAAAUCAGGUAUUAUGCCUUCUAGUUAGUUCAUGAGUCGUCAAUGAAACGACACGCACAAUUAGCUUAAAAUUUGUACAUUAUAUAUGUGAGAUUGUAUCGUAACUUGCAUGCGAUUGUCUUAUGUUUAUAAUAUAAUCUACCAACAUCUUUAAACAGCUUCGAUUUUGAAGUAUAAGCUUAGGAGAUAUGUAUAUUGCUCAAAUUAAGCCACCGUCUUGUAAGCCACAACUUAAUAACCAUUUGUCCGACCAAGUCGGUGUUCCAUUUGUGGAUUCUAUGAAAAUCUAAUUUUUCUAUAUCUUCCGUCACUUUUAAAGUUCUUUAUACACAUAUGAAUGUUACUACUUGUUGCCGAAAGAUGAAUAUUACGGGUUUUAAAUAAAAUUGUAAAUUUAGAGGUAUUGACAAAAAUUAUAAGUCACUAUACACGCA